GUUCUAAAAGCCGCAGAGCUCUUUUGCAUGUGAAGGAUAAAUCUGCUUUUCUUCAAGGAGGUGAUUGUAUAUUUGGGCAACUUGUGAGCGGGAUACAUAGGCGCACGUGGGGAUUUGACACAUUGAAAACCUUUCUUUAAAGGCGAUAUAUCAGAGAAUCACUUUAUUAUUGUAUUUGCUGUCUGGUUUUGAUAGGCGAUAAAUCUUUUGUGACUAACCUUAGCAACCCAGAGGAUACCGCCUCGCUCAAGACAAGAAAGCUGACCCCACCCUCACCUUAGACUGUUGAGUUGAAGUCUUCACACUAAGAAACUCAGCAAAAUGGCACCAAAAACGGUCAAUGUUCGAGUCACCACCAUGGAUGCAGAGCUGGAGUUUGCCAUCCAGCCAAACACAACAGGCAAGCAGCUCUUUGACCAGGUGGUGAAGACAAUUGGUCUUCGAGAGAUUUGGUUUUUUGGCCUUCAGUAUGUUGACAGCAAGGGCUAUAACACUUGGCUUAAACUCAAUAAAAAGGUACUAAGUCAAGACCUUCGCAAGGAGUCUCCCCUCCAGUUUAAAUUCCGUGCCAAGUUUUACCCAGAAGAUGUGGCUGAAGAGUUGAUUCAGGAAGUCACACAGCGUAUGUUUUUCUUGCAAGUAAAAGACCUGAUCUUGAAUGAUGAUGUCUACUGCCCUCCAGAGACUGCUGUGUUGCUUGCUUCCUAUGCAGUACAAGCCAAGUACUCUGAUUAUGACCCAGAGCAGCACGAUGUGGGGUUCUUGGAAAAUGAGAGGCUUCUGCCGCAGAGAGUUAUGGACCAGCAUACCAUGUCUAAAGAAGAAUGGGAGAAGAAAAUCCUCACCUGGUGGAGUGAGCAUAAAGAUUUGCCCAGAGAGGAUGCAAUGUUAGAGUACCUCAAGAUUGCUCAAGAUUUGGAAAUGUAUGGAGUGAACUUCUUUGAAAUCAAGAACAAAAAGGGAACAGAAUUAUGGCUUGGGGUUGAUGCCCUAGGUCUGAACAUCUAUGAAAAAGAUGAUAGAUUAAAUCCCAAAAUAGGUUUCCCUUGGAGUGAGAUAAGGAAUAUUUCUUUCAAUGACAAAAAAUUUGUCAUUAAACCCAUUGACAAGAAAGCCCCUGACUUUGUGUUCUAUGCAGAGAGAUUGAGAAUUAACAAACGCAUUUUGGCCUUAUGCAUGGGCAAUCAUGAGCUGUACAUGCGACGUCGUAAACCAGACACUAUUGAAGUACAGCAGAUGAAAGCUCAAGCUAAAGAGGAGAAGACUCACAGAGAUGAGGAAAGGGCACGCUUACAGGCAGAGAAGCAUGCUCGAGAAGAGGCAGAGAAAGAGCGUGCUGAACUCCAAGCAAGACUGAAACAAUUUGAGGAGGAAUCUGAGCGAUCCAAAGCUGAACUUGAAGCCACCAUGGCAAGGGUAAGAGAGCUAGAAGAGAAAGCCAGGCAAGCAGAACAAGAUCGCAAUGAAUUGCAGGAGAAGAAGGCAGAGGCAGAAGAACUGCGUAGAAAAGCUGAGGAAGCAGUUCAUCUAGAGAAGGAAGAAAGAGAGAAAAUAGAGAAAAUGGCAGAGGAAGCCCGUUUGGCUGCAGAAGAAAAGGAAAAACAGGUGAAACAGAGGGAUGAAGAAAAUCAACGGAUUUCAGAGGAACUGUUANAGAAAGAGAAAAUGGCAGAGGAAGCCCGUUUGGCUGCAGAAGAAAAGGAAAAACAGGUGAAACAGAGGGAUGAAGAAAAUCAACGGAUUUCAGAGGAACUGUUAGAAACACGCAGGCAGUAUGAAGAGAGCCACCAAGCAUUUUUACUGGCUACAACUACGCCAGCUCACCAUCACGUGGCUGAGCAUGAGCAUGAAGAGGCAGAUGAAACCAAAGAGUAUGGUUUGCAAGAAGAGAAAAUGGCAGAGGAAGCCCGUUUGGCUGCAGAAGAAAAGGAAAAACAGGUGAAACAGAGGGAUGAAGAAAAUCAACGGAUUUCAGAGGAACUGUUAGAAACACGCAGGCAAUAUGAAGAGAGCCACCAAGCAUUUUUAUUGGCUACAACUACGCCAGCUCACCAUCACGUGGCUGAGCAUGAGCAUGAAGAGGCAGAUGAAACCAAAGAGUAUGGCACAGAGCUAGUUGGAAAUGAUGAGCAUGAUAACAUAAGACCGGAAGAAUAUAGAGUAACUCAAGCAGAGAAAAAUGAAAGGCUACAGAAAAAUCUAGCGACACUUACAAUUGAACUACAGGCUACGAAAGAUUUAACUAAGAGCACUAAGCAUGAUGUCAUUUAUGAGCAGAAUGUCAAAGAGGGUCGUGACAAAUACAAGACUCUUCGCCAGAUCCGUUUGGGAAACACCAAACACAGAGUGGAUCAGUUUGAAGCUUUGUAGAUAGAAUUCUUACAUCAGCUUUUAUUAUUUAGCAACAACAUUUAAUCAAUAUACAGAAUGAGUGUCACACGAAAAUUUACAGAGAAGUGCUGAUUUGUUGACAGGCAAGACUGAAGGUACAUUUUGUAAUAAACAAGAAGGCAGCCCUUUAUUUCCAUGUUUAGUUGCUAGUCUAGUGAUAUGCCAUACAGAUUGUUUGAAGCAUGUAGUUGUUAAGUUAAAACUAUUCAUCUGCAAUAGAGUUAACAGUAGGUGAUGAAUUGUGACCAGUUUCAAAAAGAAGAAAAUACCCUGCCAUUGUUUGUAUGACUCACAGUAUAAAACAAACCAUGGCAUA